UUGGCCCUGGCUGGUGGUGUCGGAUAGGUUCCCGCGUCCAAUGAUGAGGAUAUAUGACCUGCGCUGAGGAUAUAUUAACACCACACUGAACCAAGAGCAACGUCCACUAACACAGCACAAUGAAUGAACGACAGCUGAAGAAGAGUAAAUCUAAGGAGAAAGGAAAAGAACGCAGAACAGCUCUCAAGGCCGAGAGAGCUAGACUAGCUGCAGCUCAACUCCUAGUCAACCAAGCUAAUGCAAUGCCGGAUCCACUAUCAAAAUUCCCAUUCUUUAACAAGUACGAGCGCAAUGGACUGAGCUGCACGCUUAUAUGUAAGCGUGUCAAAGAUUUAGACCCAGACAUGCUGGAGUGGGCAAUUGAUUUAUGUAAACAGAACAUGCAGCCUUUGUAUGAGAAGAGCACCCAGGGGUGGCAUGAGAAUGAGAAAAGAGAAGAAAUGAUGGAAGAUGCUGCAUGGUAUCUCAUGGCUAUUGAUACAACCUCAGAAAAAGCUGUAGCUUUCUCUCACUUCCGGUUUGAUAUGGACUAUGGAGAUGAAGUUCUAUAUUGCUAUGAACUGCAGUUGGAGGCAGAUUGUCGCAACAAGGGCCUUGGAAAGUUCAUGAUGCAAGUUUUGGAGUUAAUGGCAUUUUCAAAUCAGAUGCAUAAGGUUGUACUAACUGUAUUCAAACACAACCCUGAUGGUAUGGCUUUCUUCACAAAAUGCAAGUACGAGAUUGACGAGACAUCACCAGAAGACACUUAUGAAGGAUCAUAUGAUUAUAAUAUACUCAGCAAGUUAAACAAAAUGAAACCCACUCAGAAAACCUCUCUUUGAAUAUAUAUAUAUAUAUAUAUAUAUAUAUAAAGUAAGAUGUAAAGACCAUAUAUAAUAAGCUUUUGUACCCCCACAUGGUAAAGGAGUAACAGACUUCAGAGGAGCACCCGUUGUAGUGUUGCAUAUGUAAGCAAGCAUUAGAACUCAAGCUAAUUCCCCUUCAGGUUUGCCAGUUAUUACUAUAACUCGAGAGCAUUCCAGAGUGUGAUGGCAAUUGUUUUAACUUGUAUACUGACUUAAAAUGCUUUUUAUAAUUCUAGAAAAGUUUUUAAGAUUGUAAUACUGUACACAGAUUAGAACUCCAAAAAUAAGGACAAAAUUGAUGACCAAUUUCAAAAGAAGUGUAUGAAAAUUUUUUAUUAUGGACUUAGGUACUCAAAAUGCUAGAAACAUCUUCAGUAUGUAGAUAACUGCCAAAUAUAGCUAGGAGAAGUUCUUGUAUCUUUUCCACCGUUUUCUGAUAUAAAGUUGUGAUGAUACA